GGGCGCUCCGGGGGAGGGGGCGGGGCGGAGGGGCGGGGCCAAGCCUGGCUUGCACUCCCAGCUUGUGAUAAGCGCGCAGCUCCCGCAGUUUCGAUUAUGCUGAGGGCGUCGUCCCCUUGGGGUCUCCGGUGAAGGGAACUGAUCGUCCCCGCCCUGGGGACCACCCCACCUUAGAAGCCCCUUCUCCCAAAGGAGCAUUCCAGAAAAUCCAGUCUUACACCUGAGAAGAGCCUGGAAUCCCAGACCUAAACCAGUGAAAAUUCCCGCUGAGCUAUGGGUAAGGCAUUCUCCCAGCUCACCUCUCAGCAGGAUGAGGACAAGUCGCUCCUACCUGAUAACCCAGCCAGGGCCAGCAAGGCUGCCAACUACUUCAGCAGGGGUAGCAGCAAACCACCGUGCUCCCGUGUGCCUUAUGCAAGGGUUCCUGGUACCAGCUUUGUGAUUUGUCCUACCUGCCUAGGCAAUGGGGAGAUCCCCCUAGAGCUGGAGAAGCAGCUGGUAGCCCUCAUCCCUUACGGAGACCAAAGACUGAAGCCCAGACACACGAAGCUUUCCGUGUUCCUAGCGGUGAUCAUCUGCCUGCUUGCUUUCUCCCUCACCAUCUUUUUCCUGUAUCCACGGUCCAUUGUCGUGUACCCCAUAGGCCUCAACUCCUCCAUGGUGACCUUUGAUGAAACUCAUGUACGACUCAAUAUGACGAAUAUCUUGAACAUCUCCAACAGCAACUUCUAUCCCGUCACGGUGACACAUCUGACUGCAGAGGUUCUCCACCAGACCUCUGUGGUAGGCAAGGUUACCAGCAGCCUCCGCCUGCACAUCGGACCUUUGGCCAGUGAACAGAUGCCUUACGAAGUCGUCAGCAGGAUUGGGGAUAACAGUACAUACAAAAUCUGUACGUGGCUGAAAGUCAAAGUCCACCAUGUUCUUUUGCAUAUCCAGGGUACUUUGACCUGCUCCUACCUGAACCAUCCACAGCAGCUGCCCUUCGAGAGCUUUGAAUAUGUGGACUGCAGGGAGAAUAUGUCACUGCCCCACCUGGAGAGCCCUCGCCCAGCCUGACAGUACUGCCCCUGUCCUGCAGGCUCCUGCAGGUUGUCUGCAUCUCAACUCCAUGGAGCUCAAGGAAGGACUAGCGGCUUCGCUGACGGAAGCCAACAUCUGGCUGUAUGGUGCCUUCCUCUG